AACCGCUCCAUACAAUUAGUCCAUCGCCGACCGUCGCCCGAAGACCAGCGAGCCAACAACCGGCUUUUCCAAGUAAUCGAAUCGAGUAUCCGACGCUCUCUUGUCAUCAAAUUGAAGUUUUAUCAAAAUUGCUGAAAUGGCGCUGAAUAUAGGAUCAGUUUUGAUACUGGACGGCGUGGGCCAAAAUUGCGAGGAAAUUUUGGCGCAAAAUGGCAUUUAUUCCACCAAUAUGGUGAAAAUUACUGAAGAAGAACUCCUGAGGACAGUAUCUGUGUACGAUGCCUUAGUGGUGCGUUCCGCUACUCAAGUGACAAAAGAGGUCCUGGAUGCCGGCAAAGAAUUAAAGGUGGUAGCUCGCGCCGGCGCCGGCGUAGAUAAUAUUGACGUGGCGGCCGCCGCCGACAAAGGAAUCUGCGUUAUCAAUGCGCCAGGUGCCAAUGCUGUGAGUGCUUGUGAGUUGACAUGUGGUCUGAUAAUGUCUAUUACAAGACGCAUCGUGCCAGCGGUAACCGCGUUGCGCGAGGGUCGCUGGGAGCGAUCCCUCUGCACCGGAACUGAAGUCAACGACAGGACUCUUGCUAUCAUUGGUCUCGGCAGGGUCGGUAGGGAAGUUGGGAUGCGCAUGCACGCUUUUGGAAUGAAGAUAAUCGGGUACGAUCCGUUUGUAAGCAUGCAGCAAUGCGAGUCAUUCCAUUGCACCAAGAUGGAGCUCGAUGAAAUCUGGCCGCUGGCUGAUUACAUCACACUGCAUACUCCGCUUAUUGAAUCCACGCGCAACUUCAUCAAUGCUGAUGUUUUCAAACGUUGCAAGAAAGGCGUUAAGAUAAUAAAUGUAGCCCGCGGCGGGCUUAUCAACGAGCAAGACCUUUUGGAUGCACUCAACUCUGGACAGGUCAGUGGUGCGGCGAUAGAUGUAUUUGAACAGGAGCCUCCGACUGAUCCUCUGACGUGGGAGAUCAUCAGGCAUCCGGCUGUUUUAGCCACACCGCAUCUCGGUGCAUCAACCAAAGAAGCCCAAUCUCGCGUGGGACAAGAGAUAGCGGAACAGCUGGUGAAUCUGGCUAAACCAGGCACCUACUCAACACCCUUGGCUGAAGUGACCAACAUCUUCAAGAAGUAAACGCAUUCGCGGCAACUUCGAAUUCAUUUUCAUUUCCUAAAUAUUUUUACUAUCUUAUAUAAUGUUAACUAUAAGCUUCUAGUUUUAUAUUCUUUGCGUAUUUUAUAAUAUUUUUUUAAAUGAUGUAAUCGAGAGGAUUUAUUUAAACAAAUAAAGUCCCGCUUCUGAAUAUG